AUGCAGUCGAGAGGGUUGUCGCGUGCAGUUCAUGGAGGAAGGGAUGCACAAGAUUGUGUUUGGCGCUUUCGAUUAGUGCUUCUGACAAUUGCAUGCAAGGAUGAUAGCAGAGUGGUCGCGAUUUGUUUCUGGUUGAAGGAGGGUGGUCGUGAUUCGUGGUUUAGUGGUCACUUCCUCAUUUUUCUAUUUAUGGGCUUCUUCUUUUUUAGAAUUUAUUUUGGAGUUCUUGUUGAAGUUUUUAAUGAGUAUGAUGUUGAUGAAGAUUUAUGUGGUUUGUUUUUUUUUUUUCUUGAUUUUUCUUUAAAUUGUGGUUGUUAUUACUUCUUGUUGUGA